UAGAAUAGGACUUUUCUAUCAAACCUUUUAAAUUUUGUAAGUAUAAUACAAGGAUUGAGAUCCGGUGCAAUAACCCUAACUAUUGCACCAUGCAAUAGGAAAUCAAUGGUUAAGAUUAAAAGUUGCAAAAAUCACUUUUAAUCUCAACCCUUGAAUCAAAUUUUUUUUAACCGUCAACUUUUUAUCAUUUCACUUUUACACUUUAUUUUUUCACCUCUCUCACAAUAGUAUUUUGAAGAAGGAACCCGACCAUGGUCCAAUCUUCCCAAUGGCAUCUUACGCAAAAUCAUAAGCAAACCUUGUUUCAUUGUAUCAAGCAAUUAAGAAGAAAGGAUCAGAGAAUAAGAAGAAAGAAAAGAAGAGCUAAACGACACAACAGAUGAGCUGCAAGUUUACUUAGAUCAGUAGCUAAACGACAUGUAGUUUUAGUUGUUAAUUUAAUUCAGAUUGUGUCACACGUGUGUUGUAACUGAUUCCUACACGUGUUGUAACUAACUCCCUUAUAUUUUGGUCAAUUAGUUAGACUCUGUUUUGGGUGUUUAGGUUCAGAGAUGUAUAUAAGCAUAGAUUGUGUACAGAUUCAUUAUCACAUCAAUUAGAGAAAGUUUCUCAUCUUUUCUCUCAAUUUCUCUCUCUGUGUUCAUAUAUUUUUUCCUUUCCUUAGUCUCUAUUUCGUUACACAUUGAUCGACAUCAAUGCCAAGCUGUGUGCAAGGGCGGGCGAUACCUUCAAAUCAUCGAAUCAAACAUGUUAAAGAAGCACGAUGGCUAAUGACAUAUAAAUGGGUCAAGAACGAUAAUGACCAAGUGUUGUCGAUGAAGUCUAUUACCAUCAACACUUGCCAGUUGAGUGAUAAAUCAUGGCAAACUCAUGAAUUUCGAAUUGAAGAACUUCUAGGUCCAAUAAGAGACGUGGUCUAUAUUGAUGGAAACUUAUUUUGUCUUUUGGUACGUAUACACUGGCUACUUUUAACACUACACGAAGAAUUGUGCUUGAUCACAAAGUUAAGACCUCCGGAAUAUCAUAGGUACCAUUUGAUACCUCACCUGUUUGAUUCCCAUGGAAAGCUAUUUGUGGCAUAUUAUGAUCACUCGGAUCCCUUCCCUGUAUCCAAUGGUGAUUCCAUCUAUAUAAUCAAGUUUAACAGGUCUCAGAGGGCUUGGGGUUGUAAGCAAAGCUUGAAGAAUCAUUCACUAUUUCAUAGCUGCAAUUCAUUCUCCAUUCGAGCAGUUGGGAGAGCAAGAAAGUUAGCAAACAAAGUGUUCUACAACGACGAGGAAUUCAAUGGCGUCCCCCUUUUUUAUCUCAAUGGAAGACCAUUAUUGGACCUGUGAUCGUAAGGGUUUUCAUUCUUAUGAGGAUGAAUAUGUAAAGGAAGGGCUUAAGAGUGUUUGGAUUGUACCUCCUCAAGCAUGAAGAUGCUUUUUGUUCAGUCAGCUUGGUUCUAGAGAACAUGGACAAGAAUAAGAUCAUGAGCUGAAUAAGUAACUGAACUUUGUCAAUGUCUCCCUAUUAGAAUUGAUUUUUUGAAAAAAAAAAA